CCCGUUUAGCUCAGUAGGUAAGAGCGUUGGUCUACGGAUCGCAGGGUCGUGAGUUCGAUUCUGGGGCGGGGCGUAUGUUCUCCGUGACUAUUUGAUAAACGACAUUGUGUCUGAAAUCAUUAGUCCUCAACCUCUGAUUCAUGUGGGGAAGUUGGCAGUUACUUGCGGAGAACAGGUUUGUACUGGUACAGAAUCCAGGAACACUGGUUAGGUUAACUGCCCGCCGUUACAUGACUAAAAUACUGUUGAAAAACGGCGUUAAUCCCAAAACAAACAAACAAAUUAUUUAUAAUGGAAUGUAUAUACUGACGAUCUCCAAUAUUAAUAUAUUUUCAGACUGUAUCAUACUAGUCUAAAGCAUACCAGCAUCUAAACCACAGGAAAAUGGGACUUUCUUGUACAAAAGCAGAGCAUGAUAAUAUCGAGCCUCGUGAAUACAAAAGGAAGAACAGCACAAGCGAAAGGGUGACGCAUGUAACUAUCUAUGACAGAUGGAAUUUGGAGGGAACAAAAGAAUUCAUUAAUAAACUUAAACCUUAUCUGAAGGAAGAUGAUAUAGUUGUUACUAUUGAGAACACAUAUCGGCAGACUUUCGUGUCAAAGAAACAGCCUCUAAUCGUAUUAUGUUGGCAUUAUUCCAGGAUUGAUACAGAUAUAAGAUACUCUCUCGAACAUAUUGACAGUGCUAAACAUAAAAGUCUUAUAGUAAUUCUGCUGCACUGGAAGAAGGAUGAUAAAGAAAGAAAUGCAACAUCUCGGGCGGCGGAUUCAUCAUUAAUGUUUAUCGAUGCCUUCGCUCAGAAAGACAAAGAUAACAUAAAGGUUGUUGCCGAAGAAAUUAAAAAAAGGUGUUCGUGAUAGAACAAUAUAACUUUUUACAGGAUGGCAAAUAACUAUGUCAUCUAUAAAUAUGUAGGGAAACCAUUUAACCUAACAGUAAGGAAAAAAAUACUAUUACUUUCGAUCAUAAUAUAUGGAUAUAGGCUUUGUUCACCACAAACUGCAUGUAGCAAGGCGGAAUUAAUGUAAAAACUAGCGUACUAGAGUACGAAUGUCUUUAAUAUUACAAGGCCAAAUUCUAUUUACUUAUUUGAACGAGUCUGAUGUUUAUAUGUACCUACUAGUGAUGUUCCGAUUGUCGCCGACAAUCGAUUGUCGAUCAUUUAAUGAGCCAAAGUCGCCGACAUCGAUUAUGAACUUGCAUAAUCGAUUAUUUGACACUUAUGCUAAUUUUAAGCCUAUUCGGAAGUUACGCAUCUUUUUUGGUGGUAUUUCCUCUUUAGGUUCAUUUCUUUUCCACUCUUCAAAACGGAGGCAAAGCAUACUGCAUUCGAUCAAAAUAAUAAUGCAAUCAAAACUAUAUUCCCCUAUCCAGGGAAGACUAUACCACCAGUAUGGAAGUAGUUUGGAUUCUACAAGAUAUGUGAAGGUGCAGCAGUGAAAGAAAAUUAAAAAAUGGGGAUUGUCCUUUGCCGAUUAUGCCGUAAAGACCGCAAAUAACGGUACCCCUCCCACGUUAGUAAUGUAGGUUGAUUUAAUUCAUAGUUUCAAUCAGCAUUGUGCUGCUAGAUAUAUAUUUUAAUAUGCAGCUGUAGAUGUGUGAUUUUAUAAACACGAAAUAGUUAUAAAUAGAAAAUUUGAAAUAAAAUAUUGGAGGGCACUGAAGUUUGAACCGAUAAUAAAAUGUACAAAUAGGGAAAAAAAUAACAUUUUUUAUUGAGGUGUGUUAGGUCGGACAGCAUGGUCAGUUUCUCAAGGACACCUGUAGUCCCACAGAGAUUGGGUGCAAAUCAUAUAAAAAUGCCACAUUAUACUCAAUAAAUAAAAGAUAAUUUUUAAUUAGCCACAUUGAUAUGUACAUAAAAGGGCUAAAACUUCACACACAAAUUAUAUUACUCCUUCUAAAUACAUGCUAAUACAGUUAGUCAAGAGAGCUAAUGGUUAAUACGUUACAGAAGGUUCAGUGUUAAAGUCCGAUUAUUUUCCGAUUAAUCGCUCAGAAGGCCUUCCGAUUAUAUCCGAUUAAUCGAUUAUCAUAAUGCUGUCCGAUUAUCAUCACUAGUACCUACAAGAGAUGGUAACUGACAAAGUUGAAGAUGUAGUGUUAAAGUGACCAUUACAGUGAGUCGACGUAAAAGAAAAAUACGAGCGUAUUGUUCUUUGUCUGCAAGAUGCUAAUAAAUCAUGUAUAAAUAACAAGAAUGUAUAUAGCUGUAGAUCUCAAUAAAGUUAUUUUUAAAGAUUCACCUUAGCAGGUCCAGUGCUGCGAGCCCUUUAUUUACCAGUUACAUUUUAUUUUGCUUACCAUGAGGGAUAUUAAUACAAAAAGUAUACCUUAAAGGUUUAAGUCAAGUCAUGAUUCAGUCUUUGAUUUGAUUCUUUGUACUAGAGCUAUGUUGCGUUUUAUGCUUCCAAAUCUUAUAGAUUUUAUUCACUAGCACAGCAUCAGUCUUUAAGUAUGUUUGAACUCGAUGUAUUAAAUAAACUAUUAUCAUCGAGCUACUUAGCUUUUGAUUCGAGAGAAAUGAUUGAUAAAACGAGUUAUAUAAUCAACUCAACUUGUUUGGAGCUGUCUGGAUAUUGUUCUGCAAGCGUCACGUAGUAUUUAAUUUCAUAUAUCAACUAGCCUAAGGCGCAGUUAGUUGAA